GCGCGGCGGCGGCGGCCGGGCGUCUCGGGUCUCCGUGUCGUCACAGGCGGCGGCCAUUUUCGCGGGCGGAGGCGGCCCCGGCGGGCGCUAGGAGAGUGGGGGCGGGCGGCGGGCCUGAGGCGGUGGCCCGGCGGCCUCGGCCACCCGGUAAUCGCGUCUCUUCCCGGCGUCUCGUCUGCAGAGGGAGCGCUAUGUCUGCGGAAGUCCCCGAGGCGGCCUCCGCGGAGGAGCAGAAGGAAAUGGAAGAUAAAGUGACCAGUCCAGAGAAAGCUGAAGAAGCAAAAUUAAAAGCAAGAUAUCCUCAUCUGGGACAAAAGCCUGGAGGUUCAGAUUUCUUAAGGAAACGAUUGCAGAAAGGGCAAAAAUAUUUUGAUUCUGGGGAUUACAACAUGGCUAAAGCAAAAAUGAAGAACAAGCAACUUCCUGCUGCAGCCCCGGAUAAGACGGAGGUCACUGGUGACCACAUUCCCACUCCACAGGACCUUCCUCAACGGAAACCAUCCCUUGUUACUAGCAAGCUGGCUGGCUGAUUAAAAGAGCUGAACUGCAUGAAUCUUCUAAUUCCCAUUAUUUCUCCUUAAUAUGUUACUUAUCCUCUUUUUAUUUACUUUCACUAAAUGAUUUGAGACUGACAGCUUUGCAGGUAGCAGUAGUGUGUGCUGCUAUUAUAAGGGAAUAUACAAGUGUAGAGUUUUUGAUUAGUUGGACAGUGCACUGAUGAAAAGGACAUGUUAGAGCUACAUAAGUAAUCUACUUGAAAAUAAUUGUAUAUAUUACCUAACUCCUAGUAUAGGGCUGGUUCCAACAAGUAACAAGCAAGUUUUAAAGUUUUAAUGUUUGGCUUUCAUUACUUCAGCUUAAUUAUAGCUUUGUAUGUUACUCUUAUUUAAUAUAACUUCUAUUGUAUUGAUUUUUUCUGUAUUUUCCUUUUGGAUUUUGUAAAACAGAUGUUUAAGACCACAAGUUGGAAGAAAGUCACAUAUUUCAAACACAAAUAGAUGGAGCUCUGAAAGAUUUGUAUCUCUGUUCUUGAACUUGAAUGGCCUUAAACCUGUUUCAGCUUUAACAGUAGAAUUUUACUUGGGCAAUAUUUGCCUUCUUGGUGUAACUUAUGUGACUCUAGUGCUUAACAGCUCCUGGUGAAGCUAGUAUUCUUAUUCAGUUGUGUAGUUUUAGAAUACCUUUUGUUGUUGAAGAUGUGAAUGAAGCGUGCAUGUGCAUCGACUGUUGAAUUCACUUUUGUGCCAUUUUUGUAAAUACAAUAGUUUUGCACAACCUCUCACAAAUGUCUGUAUUAAUUUCACAUAUUAACAAGUAAAUGUAUACUAUCACAUGGGCCAUUAAAAAAAAAAGUAAAUGUGCCAACCAGAAGCACAAGAGUUUCUAUACAAAACUCUGUAUGUUCUUACAGCUUUUAUAUAGUAAGAGUAGUUUACAUUUCAGGCUUACAGAAUACCAAACUGAAAUCUUUGUUCUGUCUGCCAUAGACUUAAGCUUUUCAUUUGUUACUAGUAUCCAUGACAUUCAGUGGCCUUGUGCAAAUAUGAUAUGUUGCUUAGGCAUAUCUUUUGUCCUAUGCAGAACUUUCAUUUUGACUUUUAUGAAAGCAAUUCAUAUAAUUUAUAUAAACUUUUUUAAUGUAGAAACUUUUUACUUCCACACUCAAUUUUGGAGACACUAGAGUAAAAGUCUUCAGUAGUCUGCCUUCUGUGCACCAACACCCAUCCCCCACCCCCACUUUUUUUGGGUGCUUUUUUGAUUCAAAUGAUAUUGGGCUGUUUGGUUAUAUGGAAGCAUAGGAUAGGUGUCUAUGUCCUUACUCUUGAAAUUUGCUCUGCUGAAUGCUGUAUUUUAUAACACUAUAAUGGUGUUUUCCUUCUAAUUUCUCAGUUAAUUAACCACUCUUAAUCCUUUAGUAUUACUAAUAUUUGGCAAUUGUUUAAAUAAAAGAAAUUUUAUAAUGAAACAAAUAGUUGAGAAGACUGGCCCAGGAACCUAUGUCAAGAUGAGCUGAAUUUUGGUAAAUAAUUUUAAGUAGUUAUGAUGAGCUAAGUGAAUUAGUUUUGUGACAAUUAGAGUAAUCUACAUGACAGGUCAAACUCAUAUUUAGAUAUUUGCUUCUGUAGAUGUUACUUGAAUAAAAUACCAAUUUAAUUUUACUUGUAGUUUAUCUAGUUAGUAAGAACUUUAGCAGAUUUUAUUGGGACAAGCUUACUGCUCUUUUAGGAGCUCUUCCUGUAAGUUGUUGUAAUGCUGUGGCAUGAUAAUCAGGAUCAGUAGCUUGAGCUGAUACUAUUUUUCUCUUCAUCUUUGACUUGCACAGAGCCUCCCCUCUUGGGUCCAGGCAUCUUUUCUGGAUCUUGGUUCCAUUUGUAUGCUUGCUUUCCUAUGAUCCCAAAUCACAGUAGAUGGUGCCUUGAACAUAGCAUCUGCACUUAAAGGCUGCCUAGUGCUCUGAGGAAAGCUUGCUAGUUAUUUUCCUGCUCUACCCACCCCAAAAGGCAGAAAAGCAGCAAAAUCAGUAGUGUGUUCAUUUGUAAUUUUAAGAUCAGUUAUAUAUAAAUGGAUUUGUAAUGAGAGCAAGUAGGUUAUUCCACAAUAUGUAUACUCAUUAUAGGAUCAAUUUAAGAAUUUUAAAAUAUCCCAAAGUAGAAAUUCUAUUAGAUCUCGUCUUUUGUGUUUUCUUGAAUAUUUGCAAACUAUCACCAUUAAAUUCACACAUCAAAGAAGAUUAAUCUGAAAGAUCAGAGAGACCAUGUUAUUCCUGACCAUGAUAGGACGACUCCUGUGGUUUGGGACAAGUGACAUAACAUCUGCUUGAUUUUAGUUUGUAAAAUACACUGCUAAUAUUUGACCUACCUCAAAACUUAUUGAGGAUCUGUGAAAUGUUGAGUAAGUGCCCAAAAUAAAAUAUUGUUGAUUGUCUUUUUAUUAAAAGUAAAUUUCCUCAUUAAACCAACCUGCCUUCUGUAAAGUCACAGUGCUUAAGUCUCAGGAUUUUUCAUUAGGAAAGACCUGUCAUUAGGAUUUGUAGGUUUAAUUGCUUGGCCUCCAUUAUUGGUGCUUCAGAUAGAGAGGUUUUAGAUUUUUCUGUUUUUUGUCCUGCCUCAAAGCUCAGUUUAUUUGAAGACAUUUUUAAAGGCUGUCUGAUCCUGACUUGAAUGGAGAUUUUGACUAGCUGAGUUUAAUUGUCCAUUUCUGUGAUUUCAAAGGUGUGGUUUGAGAAAUGGCUAAUUUUAAUCAUUGUCCUAUUUAUCACAAAUUAAUGUUGGAGUUAAGUUGGAGAUAAAUACUUCAUGAAAACUGGCUAAAGUUUGAAAGAAGUUACCUGUUUCAUGUCCAAUAGCUCCUAUUUUUCAUAGUACAGUUUUGAGAAAUAUUUCAUUCUUGAAGGCAUCUCACUAAAACAAUUAUAGUUGUUGGCAAGUUGGAAUAGUAAAGAUUGUUGGAUUGUUUUGAUAAAUUGGAAGGAGCAUGUUUAUAGUCUUCAAGUUCAAUAAUCUUGUGCUGUUGACCCAAAAAUAUGUCUUAACUAUUCAUCAAAUCAAGCCUGGUAAAGGCUCUAGUUGUCACUACGUCAACAGUUGGAAUUAGUUGCUCUUUUUACUUGAUGAAACAAAACUAUACCUCUGAAUAUUUAUGGAUGCUUUUUACUAAAUCAGACUUGUAUUCUUUCUCAGUCCAAAUUAGUUUAGUGAAGUUUUAUCAAAACUGAGAUGUAAUACAGUAGUCCCCCUUUAUCUGAGGAAGACACGUUCCAAGACCUCUGAUGCCGAAAACCUCGGAUAGUACUGGACCCUUCAUAUAGUAUGUUUUUUCUAUCUGACAGCCAAGAUGGCUACUAAGUUACUAAUGGGCAGGUACCAUAGCCUGGAUACACCAAAGUGAUGAUUCAUGUCUCGGAGGGCACAAGAUUGCAUCAUGCUACUCAGAACAGGAUGCAAUUUAAAACUUAUGAAUUGUUUAUUUCCAGAAUUUUCUAUUGAAUAUUUUCAGACCGAGGUUGCUAUACAUAACAAACCAUGGGAAGUGAAACCACGAAUAAGGGAGGACUAUUCUAUCUACUGAAACUGUGCUCUAAGAUUGGUAUUUGGUGAUCAUGAGAUAACCUACGGGAAGAGCACAUCUGAGUGGUAACCAAAGCAGUUUCUCCAGUGGCCUUUUCUCAUUCCCCAAGAAACAUAUUCCACUUUUCAUUUUCCUUCCUUCACCUCGCUUUGCCUCACUCCCCCCAUCCCUAUUUAUUCCUUAAGCCCACUGAUGGCACUUAUUAAAUGGUGUUUAGGGCUGACGAAUGAUUGAUUCUUAAUAUCUUUUCCAACAUGCCACGAUUUAGGACGCAUUUUUGAUUUUCGAAAACACUGUCUUAAUCUGGAUGAUGACUAAUUUGAGCCACUGUUCCAAUUCUAACUCAGCAUGCACUGCCAGUCUUCCCCCAUCUCUUUUCUCUUACUGAUUCCCCACCACAACUUGCAAGAUUGGGAUCAAAGAAGUCUUACACUGUUAUUGUUAAUCUAAGGAUAAAAACACUGAUUUUAUACUGCUUUACUAGUUUCAGCCUUUUAAGUAGGUAGGCCUAUAGGGUUUAUUCUGCAAAUCCCCGAUGGUCAUGAUAGCCAUAAAUGUAUGUUUGUAUUAUUUAUCAACUAAAUAGCUGUUGGAAGAAAACAUCUCUUAUUUCUUUAAUAUUAUGCCCUUAAGUCUGUUACUGCAUCUCCAGGAUUUGUGAUGCAAGAGGGCACUUUGCCUGUAUUUAAAAGGGCCAAGAGUAAAUGCCUUUUUUUGUUAAACAUGUCUAUAGAGUUGGCAGUUAAUGCUGAAAUUUGUCAAAUAGCCCUUCCAAAAUUAUACUUGUGAAAUAUACAAAAAAUAAACUGAUCUACCUAAUUUCUAUUGAUGUAA